AUGACUCCUCAACAACUUGUUCUCCAUUUUCUCUGCUGUAUUGUUAUAGGACUAUGUGUAGCUUAUCCGCCGUUUAAAAAUUAUAUACCGAAUUCCAGGCGUGUACCUGAUCCUUGUCGUACAGAAAUAGUUGAUGGGAAAACUGAACUUCACUAUGUUAAAGCUGUUGGCCAUUAUGGAAUUAAUUCGGCUAGAAAUCCUUUCGGAUUGGAUUUCAGAAGGACAAGAGGAAAUUGGACUAUUCUGUGUCGAUUGGAUUCUGACGGUGAUGGCUUGUACAAUGGUUACGAGUUGGGAGAUGUGAGGUGUAUGUGGAAAGCAUAUUAUCCAAGAUCAUGGAGGUCACUCAGAGCCCCAUUCAGCCAUCCAGGAAUCACAGAGGUAUUCAAUAAAACAUCCAAACGUUACGAAGUAGUUCCUCAGCUACGGAUGGCGCUUUGUUCAAGGAGAUUUCCGUUAAUAUAA